AUGGGAGGUUGGGAGUCAAAAAAUGGUUCUUCUAUUGUAGUAGGUCAUUGCUCAUCACCAGCUUACUGUAUACGAGUUGUUGGUAGUCGACAUAUUCUUCUCGGCGGUGGUGGAGGUGCGUCAAAAAGUGGAGUGCCUAACGAUAUUCAGACGCUGUUGCUGUCAUUUGCGAGUAUUGAAACAAUGAAUUCGCGCGCAGCGAAUGAAACGUUUUCAGUGCAAACGAAACUGACAAAUACGUUACAGACUGAUCCUCAUGCCACUAUGAAUAUGGAUUGUGUUCUAUUGGGUACUCCUGAAUUAGGCACAUACUUGUUAGCUGCUGGCCAUGAUGAGUAUUGCGAUAUUUACGAGUCUUAUGGAUUUUCACUGACGGAAGCUGAUAAAGACGAAAAACCUUCCUUAGCACUAAAUUUCAAGAAAAUUUCUCGCAUAACAUCUGAUGAGAAACCAGAUAAUCCCUAUCAGAAAACUGUUCGAUUUGAUCGCAGUAGUGAAGGACAGCCAAAGAAACUAUUCACAGGCGGUGCUGAUGGGUGCAUAAGGAUCUGGGAUGUUGAAGCAUUGCGAAAAAAGGUGAAUACUGCUUUUUUAAGCUCCAUGUUUGAAGUUUUCUUCAAACAUGGAGCUUAA